AUGAGUCGAAAUCAAAACAUACAAACACCUCCUUUUCAUCGUAUACAAAUUAAAAAGAAAAUACAAACUCUUUUAAAGAAUGACAUCUUUGGUUAUGAAAAAGAAAUUCAUUAUCCAAUUUCUAAAAAAGGUUCUUCACCAAUUCAACAAUCAGUUAAUUUAACACAACAAAUAGUAAAUGAAAAUACUAUUCCACAAUCAGUAAAAAGUUUUAUUCAAACACCAUUCUAUUUAGAACGUAGUGUGUUGAUUGGAUUAUUAAUAUCAUGGGAUACUUUUAGUUCAUUUUUAUUAUUCACUCCAUUAAGAAUCAUUUCUUAUUUCUAUCAAUUAAUUUUUGUAAAUGAAAAAGUGGUAAUUCAUUAUAAAAGAAUUUAUGAUAUAUUAAUGUAUCUAUCAACUUUAUUUUGUGUUAUUAUAAUAUAUCAAGUUGAUAUUGGUUUUGUUUAUCAUUAUAUACGUGCAGAAUCUGUAUUAAAAUUAUAUGCUCUUUAUAAUGCAUUAGGUAUGUUAAAUAGUUUAUUAUCUGCUUUUACUUUUGAUAUUCAUAGUUCAUUAUUAAUAUCUAUUAAAAAUAAAAAGUUGUAUGAUUCAAUACUCUUUUUUAUUUUAACUGUUUUUAUUACUUUAUUACAUUCUUUUAAUCUAUUCUUUUAUAUAAUGGCAUUAAACGUUGCAAUUAAUUCAAAAGGACAUGCUUUAUUGGCACUUCUUGUAUCAAAUAAUAUUCUUGAACUUAAGUCUUCAGUUUGGAAAAGAAUGUUCCCUGAAAAUGUGUUUCAAGUAUUAUGUGCUGAUAUACUCGAGUUAUUUGAACUUUUUUCUUUUGUCAUUCUUUUAUCUUUAAGUAAUUUUGGGUAUUAUGAAUGGGACAUAGAAAGUAAUCCUGAUUUAUUAAUAUCAAUGAUUUAUUCUUUAUUCCUUAUUUUACUUGCUGAAGUUAUUAUUGAUUCACUUAAACAUAUGUUUAUUGGUAAAUUUAACAAUAUUCCUUUGUCUAUUUAUGAUAAAGGUAAAUUUGUUCUUUUGAAUGAUUUAAUCUCAACACAAGACGGACUAUUCAAAAUUCCUUCUCUUGAUAGUACUUCAACUUCUGCUAGAAGGCUUGGAAUGCCUGCUGUUCCUCUUAGUGUUUUGUUUAUUUGUUUUGGACUAGAAACAAUACCACCAUCUCAUUUUAAUCUUCUCUUUAUUAUUUCAUUACUUUUAAUACUCUAUUUGUUCAAAAUUCUGUUGGCUAUUGCAUUACGAUAUUUAGCUUUUGCUGAAGUAACUCAACAUACUUAUGAAUCAGAUGAUCUUGUUACAGUAAUGAAAGGAAUAGCUCGUUAUGUUAUGGAAAAGGGUAGAAUUCCCCAAUAA